AAAAACUUGAUUUAAGACACCGAAUGGCGGGUAAGGGUAAAGGAAAGAAGAAAGAAAAGAAGGACAAAGAAGAGAGUGGUGAUAAAAAGAAGUCGAAGAAGGGCGGCGGUAGAGCAAAGAAGGGCAAAGCUAAAGGCAGAUGCAACGUCGACAUGCUAACAGAUUCAGCAAUGGAUAAUGUUUAUUACGCUUGUCAUAACGUUCAAGAAUUAUUACAAGCGAGAGGAUUCCAUCCCCAGGAUUUUAAUAAGAAAAAGAAGAAAGGAAAACGCUAAAACAGAAGAUUCAAAUGCUUUGGAGUUUUAUACAUUUAUUUAUUUGAUGCCGUUAUUAAUCAAGUAUUUUAAAAUUGAUCUCUACUGAUUUCUGCUUGUGAGAAAUAAACGUGUACACUUUGACUGCUUCCGUGUCAUUACUUAUGAUAGCAAUAAUUAAAACCAUUGCUUCGUAUACAAUACUAAAAGCUAUAUCUUGUAGUAUUAAUGUGAGCCAAAGAAAUAAACUUCGACUAUAAAUUGCAUCUUAAAGUGGAAUCUAAACUUGUUUCUGGCCGUAGGAACUUGCUUUCCCAAAAGCUAUGUGAGACUAAAGUAGAAUUUAUUAGGGGUUUAAACGUUUAUUGUUGACUUUUGUGUAUCUCGAAAGAAUCAUUUGUAUUUAAGAGUUUAAAAUGUAGGGUAAGUUUUUGUUGCUAUCCCAUGUUAAGAGAUAAUUCUUAAUUCGCAUCGUUAACCUCAAAAUUUACUGAUUAUAUCUCGAUACUUAAUUUUUUUUUAUCCUAGCAUUAAUAAAAAUAUUCUAUAGAUCAUUCCUUGUGAUUAUGACCCAAGAGAUAUCGAACUUGUUUUGAUCAACAACUGAUAUAAGAGUAUUGUAACAAAAAAUAAGAGGAGCUGUAUUGACUAAGGGGUGAGU